AUCACUUAACCAGUCCAGGUCGGGCUACCGCGCGGCUAGAAUUCGCUAUAGAUUUAGGAUCAGAAGUCCGUCGACUAAAUGCUUCUCGUCAACUUCCAUAAUCGUACAACGGCCUCGUGGCUCUGAGCACACGUGUAUUCCCAGAGCUCUCCUCCAUCAACUUGUCCGUUAUCGACCAUGUCGUUGCGGCAAAAGGCUGAAGCCCUCAGGCAAACGAUCGAUGAUCUCCUCGUAGCGGGAGGCGACAUAGCAGUUCCGAUCCUCAGAGUCGUCAAUGCUACGGCUGAUUGGUGUCCCCCUCUAAAGAUGGCGACUAGCGGUGCACUCUCCAUCCUCGAUGAGGUUAAGGUUGGCAAUGAUCUGUAGCUUGGCCAUGAAUGAAAGCUCACACCAGUUUGCGCCACGUAGAAGUUCAAGGAGAACGAGAAGGAAUGGGCUGAUUUUGGUCAAUACGUAGUGGACAUGGUGGCCGAGGUGAUUUUAGCCAUGGAAUCCUAUGAUACGUCAGCAGAGGAGGCAGAGCCGUGGGUGAAAAGCGCCAAAAAGCUU